CAGUGAUAUCAGAGGAGGUAUAUAAACUGAGUCUGCCAUCCUACCUGCUCAGUCCGCACUCUGUGCUUUUGGAAUACAGUUGACAGAAUGGAGUCCAUAGUAGCCUCCGCCUCCGAGGAGGUGCCUGUGGUGUCUUCCACAGCCAUGUUCUUCUACCUCCUCAUCCCCACAUUGAUGCUGUGGUAUGUCUACCACCGUAUCAGCAACAGGCACAUGUACGAGUUGGGUAACAAGAUCCCAGGUCCUCCUGCAUUGCCGGUGUUCGGCAACGCACUUGAGUUCAUCGGAGCCUCCAACCACAGGGUGUUCCAGAAACUUUACUCAAGGAGUUUUGAAUACGAAAGCAUCGCUAGGUUGUGGGUUGGUCCCAGGCUCUUCGUCUUCCUUACAGACCCUCGUGAUAUUGAGCUGAUCCUUGGAAGCACUGUCCACAUCGACAAGAGUGUCGAGUACAAAUUCUUCAAGCCCUGGCUUGGAAACGGACUUCUCAUCUCCACAGGGGAGAAAUGGAGAGCCCAUCGUAAGCUGAUUGCCCCGACCUUUCACUUGAACGUGCUCAAGUCCUUCCUGGACCUUUUUAACACCAACAGCCGAGACGUUGUCCAGAAACUUAGAGACCUCAACGGCAAGGAGUUUGACUGCCACGACUAUAUGAGCGAGUGUACUGUUGAGAUCUUGUUAGAAACUGCUAUGGGAGUCAGCAAGAAAACACAAGACAAGAGUGGAUUUGAGUACGCUAUGGCUGUGAUGAAGAUGUGUAAUAUCCUGCAUUUGAGGCAGACCAAGGUAUGGUUGAGACCAGAAUUCCUAUUCCAGCUGACAAAAUACGGAAAAGACCAAGUUCAACUGCUUGACACCAUCCACAGCUUGACAAAGAAGGUAUUGAAGAGGAAGAAGGAAGAACAUUUGAACACUAAGAAGUCCAUUCUAGAAAAAUCUUCCUUGGAAAAAUUGAUAGCACAAGAUGAAGAGAAGUUAAAAGAGGCUAAACAGAAAGCAUCCAAGGCCCCCAGCGAAGCUAAGUUCUCUUUUGGACAGGCUGCAGGGCUCAAGGAUGAUCUUGAUGUUGAUGACAAUGAUGUUGGUGAGAAGAAGCGCUCCGCAUUCCUGGAUUUCAUGAUUGAAUGUGCCCAAAAUGGAGUAGUACUCACUGACGACGAAAUUAAGGAACAAGUAGACACCAUCAUGUUUGAGGGACAUGACACAACUGCGGCAGGAAGCAGUUUCUUCCUGUGUGUCAUGGCUGCUAGACCUGACAUCCAGGACAAAGUCAUCCAAGAGAUCGACGAGAUCUUCGGUGACUCAGACAGACCGUGCAGUUUCCAGGACACACUGGAGAUGAAGUACUUGGAACGUUGCAUCAUGGAGACUCUCCGCAUGUUCCCGCCUGUGCCAGUCAUCGCACGAGAGAUCAUGCAGGAUCUGCCACUGGCCUCAAGCGACUUGGUGGUUCCCACCCACACGACUGUGAUCAUAGGUACUUUCAAGCUCCACCGCCGCCCUGAUAUCUACCCCAACCCUGAUGAGUUCAACCCAGACAACUUCCUCCCAGAGAAGUCGGCCAGCAGGCACUACUACUCCUUCAUCCCUUUCAGUGCUGGACCCCGUAGCUGUGUCGGUCGCAAGUACGCGAUGUUGAAGCUGAAGGUUAUUCUGUCUACAAUCAUGAGGAACUUCCGAGUGGCUGGAGGCAAGCCAAUGGCUGACUGGAAGCUGCAAGCCGACAUCAUCCUGAAGAGGACGGAUGGCUUCAACAUCAAACUGGAGCCCCGUAAGAGGGUGCCCUCCUCAGCCACCGAGCUGACCGCUUAGGCUUACCAGCACAAACCAAACACCUGUAUUUAUUCUGUUAGUGUUCGUUAUUGAACAGUAAAAUAUUCUGUUACUAAAA